CUAUUUCAGGUGUGGAUAACAGGAUUACCGAAGCUCGAACGCCAGGAGCACUACGAUCAGGGUCCGUACGCUGUCAUUCUCGCACCCACGAGAGAAUUAGCGCAGCAGAUCGAAGAGGAAACCAACAAGUUUGGUGAAUUGCUGAAGAUUCGAACUGUGUCCGUUAUAGGAGGUGCAUCGCGUGAGGAUCAAGGAAUGAAGCUUCGCAUGGGAGUUGAAGUCGUCAUCGCUACACCUGGACGUCUUUUAGACGUACUGGAAAAUAGAUACCUCCUUCUAAACCAGUGCUCUUAUGUUAUUCUUGACGAGGCUGAUCGUAUGUUGGAUAUGGGAUUUGAGCCUGAAGUGCAAAAGGUUUUGAGUUAUUUGCCAGUUUCUAAUCAGAAACCUGACACUGAUGACAUUGAACAUGAAGAAGCGCUAAUGAACAAUUUUGCUACGAGAGAAAAGUACCGUCAG